CGUUGCUACCAUCCAGCCAUCAUGCUAGCUGAGGAAGUCCUGUGUAACUAGCUUUACCAGCUCAUGGGCUAUUUUUCUUGAGUUAAUAUAAUUGUUUUAGUGGCUGCCGGGAUCUACAAUGGAAACAGCAACUUGUGUGUGAACGUCGUUGUUUUCUUUUGGAAAGAGGUGCCCGACAGGACAGCUGUGUGUCGGCUAACUGCUCAGUAAGCUAGCGCGGCUAACCGUGAACGCACUCGACAACAGACGCCAAGUCACAAGUCGGCGGCUCGACGUUGGAUAUUUCAACCACUACCAUGGAGAAGGCGGAUUUUUUGAAAGGACUCCCUGUCUACAAUAAGAGCAACUUCAGCAGGUUUCAUGCAGACUCUGUUUGUAAAGCAUCUAAUCGAAGACCCUCUGUUUACCUUCCAACACGUGAAUACCCCUCUGAACAGAUUAUUGUAACAGAGAAAACCAACAUCCUCCUGCGUUACCUCCAUCAGCAGUGGGACAAAAAGAAUGCAGCAAAGAAAAGGGAACAGGAACAAGGUGAGAGCGACAGCCCAGCACCCCCAAGGAAGAUCGCCAGGACAGAUAGCCAAGAGAUGAAUGAAGACUCAUAAGUGUGUGUGUGUGUGUGUGUGUGUGUGUGUGUGUGUGUGUGUGUGUGUGUGUGUGUGUGUGUGUGUGUGUGUGUGUGUGUGUGUGUGUGUGUGUGUGUGUGUGUGUGUGUGUGUGUGUGUGUGUGUGUGUGUGUGUGUGUGUGUACACACAGGGCAUAGCCAAUAUAAACAGAAAGGAUAAUCCCACCUGAGUAACGACUCCUGGCCAUUCUCUACCAUGGCAGGAUGCCUUUCCUGGCAUGAAAUUAAGGGUCACCCACAGAGAAUUGGGGACAUUUCCAUUAACAAAGCAGUCAUUUAUAGCUUAAAUAUCAUGUACAUGGAAAAAUGUAAAGAUAAAUGGUCAUAAAUGCUGUAGUUGGCUUUAGGAGAAUUUUACACCAACAUUUUUUCCUGAACUGUCUCCUUAACUCACUGUUGGUCAGUGACACUUUGGCCACGAGGAUAGGACUCCGUACUGAUGAUUCUUUAAUUUGUAUUGACCAUAUCCUGUGUGGAUUCAUGUAUGUGCAUAUGUUUGUAUGAAUGUUGAGCUGUGAGUGUGUAUUGUGUGUUGUACUGUGUGUGUGUGUGUGUGUGUGAGGUGAAUGAAUAGUAAAAAAAAGAAAAAAGAAUAGAUCAGAAUAGAUUCAAGAUCAGCGAUGGACUUGACAGAUAAAGUCAGACUUGACCCUAAAAAAACCUCUCUCAUACUGUUACAUGACUUGUGUAGCCUUCUGUCAGCUGGAGAGUCUGUCCUGAUUUGUGCAAAGAUAACAUUUUUAUUACUGUUUUAAUUUUAUUAUAUCUAUUCUUGUUUAUGUAUGGCAAUGCGCUUCCUGCCAGCCACAGUGCCCACCCUCUCAGUUUCACUGCCUACUCUGCAACCACAUGGGGACAUUGCAUUAUUUCUCUACACUGUUUGAAUCAACAGAACCAAGAAUGCACUGUGAAGAACAGCACAAAGUAGAAGCAACUCUUCCACAUUUCCCCUUAGACGUGUAUGUUUAUGGUGAAUAUGCAUAUCUCCAUUCUAUCCGGGAACUUGUGCUUUUAGGACUAAAUGUCGUCUUGGUGUUUCUGGGAAAUAUUUUUGCAUCUAGCACCACCCUCUGGCUAACUGAGGCUAGUAUAAAUGGGAUUGGCUCUGAAUUUUAGCUGUUCUGUCAUCAAUGGGCGUAAAAAGCAAAGAAAAAAAAGCAAAGAGUUGAGUUUAAAUAUGAAGUUGUAAAUCCUAAUGUCGGAUUUUAUUGCACAACUUGGCAACAGCACAGAUAGUGAGGAAAAAUAUGUAUAGUAAUGUCUGAAAAAAGGGAUAACAAAUACAUUAUGAUGUGUUAAUAAUUGCCAGUACCAGAAUUAGUUUAUCCAAUGAAGUAUCUUUGUGUCUGCCUUUUUGUAAAAUAACACAUGCCCACAGAUACAAUAAGAAACAACUCAUGUGUAGGUAAAGACAAGAACCCCAUUGCCCAGUGGAUUUUAUCUUGCCUUGCAUGUUGAUUUUUUUCAUGGCUGGGCAUUAUAUUCCUGGACCAGUAAUAAAACUUAAGGGGUUUGAGGUUGUGGCGCUAUCUUGUGUGACUGUGAAAGAUAUUAGAGGCCUUACAACCUGUCAUCAUGGUUUGGACCCUUUUCCUCUCCCAGCUCAGGUCCGGGUAGUUGUACUGUACGUCCUGUACUUGUGACAGCCCUGGGUGGUUUUCGUGUGAGAGCUGGUGCAAUGGAACAUAGGAGGCUCAAAGGGGUAUUAUAAUUUCAGCCAUAGAAUGCACAAUAAGCAUGCACAGCAAAGUGCAGUCGCCAUCCUGCCUUGUUCCUGAGAUUCAGUUUGUAUUGGUGUCACAUACUGAACAACACUGAAUAAAGCUUUGGGUUUUUUUUUUUAGAAAAAAUGUUCUUAUCACUGCCCAGCAGAGUCACAUAAAAGCAUCCUGUCCUUCUGUAAGUCUAUGCUGCAAUGUGGGUUGACAGUGUGGUCAUCUUCCUACCUACAGUGUAAAUAGCCUGUCUGUUUUUGAAGUGUAAAGCCACAUUUAGCUUCUGCUCAGACUGUUCUACAACACCCUAGGCCUUGCCCCCAUCUCAUGUGUGUUAGAUCAGAUUUGUUCUUUUUAGCUUUACUGAAAUAAAACUGGACUGAAACUGG